AUGGUGCAACCAGACGGCAGACAUGUUGCGAUUCAGCACUUGCUCGGUCAGCUCCCAUGCACUGGCAGACCGCAACCUGUUGACUGUGCCAGAGGUGGACAUCAGCCCAUGUCGGUACGUCUUUCCGCCCCCGGAAGCCGAGAGUUGGCAGAAGCACCGCCUGGAGCUGACCCAGGCCUCUCGCUCCUGCACCCUCCUGGAACCGGAGAGCCUUGCUGACAACCUGCUGCCGCGCACCUCCAGCUUCAAUGCUGUCUAUGAACUGCGGGCUAAGGAGGCAGACACCAGGUUCCCUUUUGAGGGGUCCGUCUCUUUCGAUGCUUCCGGUCUGGGCUUGGAUGCAGAAAUGCCCAUCAGCCCUCACGUCAUCAAGAGGAGGCGCGGGGGGCUCAUUGAGCAAAAGGACAUCAUUAAGGCCCAUGAAGCGCACAAGAUGCAGAGCACACCUCAAGCCAAACGGAAAGAGUGGGAAAUGGCUCGCUUUGGAGACGCGGUGCCCGGGAGACUCGGAUCCGGAGAUGGAGGAUCGGAGCGCAGCCGGAAUCGGCAGGGUGGCCCCGUCUCCUCCGGGGGAGUUUCGGCGGCUUUUAAACAAUCGAAAGCCCAAAGGGCCCGGACCAUGGCUCUCUACAACCCGAUCCCCGUCAGGCAAAACUGUUUUACUGUCAACAGAUCGCUAUUCAUUUUUGGAGAAGAUAACGUUGUCAGGAAGUACGCGAAGAAGAUCAUCGAGUGGCCAUAUCCUUUUUAGCCGGUAACAUCUGACUUGAUUCCUGUGUAAUGCCUUUGAACCCAAGGUGUGCGGUUUUUCUUUAAAUGACUUGUGUGAAUGCUUCCAAGGUAUUUGACUUUUCUUACCUAUGCAUGCCUACUGCCGCGGUAUAACUUGAUGACACCUAAAACGUCAACAGUGUUGUGUGGCUUUUAUUUUUAUUUUAUUUUUUUCUACUGUUCUCUAAAUUCAGGGACUUUUUCCACGCCAGUUUCCACCAAAGGGGUUGCACAUCUGUAGCUCUUAUAAAGUGAUUAGGUAAUUGUAGGCGACAGUUGUUCUUUGCGGUCCGCCAAGGGGGUGAGAUGACAGUCGCCAAAGGACGCCAGAAAGUGUCACACUGCAGGAAGCGAGCGCCCCUCGAAAUCCUCCACCCACGCACUCUUCCCAUCUCCGACUGCUUCCUUUACAGAAGACUCCCCAUUUAAAAGAAAAAAAAAGAAAACAAAAAGCCACAGGUUGUCCGUAUCCCGUUUCGGCGUCCAGUGCUGAAAUGCAAGCUCCAUUUCAGCCGUGUCGCUCCGCCGCCCACUUCAGACUCCGCUCCUAAUAAAGCGCUCGUGUUCGAUUCGAUUGGCUGGUUUGUUUAUUGCUGUAGCGCAGCGGAG